CGCACUACAAACUGUCAAAACUUAAACGAAGGAAAACGCUGUAGAAAAACUCAAAAAUUGUUCGAAUCAGUGAAAAAAUUGCAAUUUGUUUCUUCAGUUUACAUUCGUCAAUUUUUUCAGACCUUAGUUCUAAGCCGGAUGCAGAAACACGUUACAUAAUAAGUUACUAUUUUGAUUCGUGUUUGGAUAAUUGGAAGUAAAGAUUUGGUUCCACUUUAACAAGUAAAAUAUCUUGCACCUGGUCAUCUGGGUGAAAGAAAACGGUGUUCGACAGCAGGGAGUAUUUUCCCCAUGGAAGUAAAUGUACAGGAAGGUCUAACGUCGAUCACCAAUGGAGUUGAACCCAGUUCUGCAUCCACUGUCAAAAGUGGGAAAAAGAAAGCUAAAAGGAAAAACAAAUCUAAAAAUAUCAGCACAAACUCAAACCAAGAGCAAUCGCAGCAGCAGGAGGAGAAAACGGGUGAGGUUGUGAAUAGUGCGUAUGGAAAAUUGAAUGGAUUACACGAAAACUUUGUGGAAAAAGUAAGCGAAGAAUUAAAGCAAGGGUUGAAGCUUAAUUGUCCAAAUGGGUUGAUAAAUGGGUCUGUUUCCGGAUCCGAGGAUCACCCAAUCGUGGCCAAAUCGAAAAGUGCAACUGCCAAGAAAAAACAUAGAAGCAGACAAAAGAGUAAACCUCAGGAACCAUUAAUCGUAAACGAUAGUACUAUUGUAAAAAGCGAACAAAGCGUUGAUAAUUCUAUUAGCAAUAAUAGCCCUAAAACUGACGGUCAAAUGCAUACAAUAGUGCUCCCGAUUAAGGAAACGUGUAUUGUAAAAGAACUACCCAAACCUGAAAUUUCUUAUCGGGUUUACGAAUCAGAGUUGCAAAUGCCUAGCAUCAUGUCUUUGAUCCAGAAGGAUCUCUCAGAACCUUACUCGAUUUACACCUACCGAUAUUUCAUACACAACUGGCCUCGGUUAUGCUUCCUGGCACUGCAUGAUAGUCGAUGUGUUGGUGCAAUUGUGUGCAAAUUGGACAUCCAUCGUCAGAAUAUCCGCCGGGGCUAUAUCGCGAUGCUGGCCGUCGACAAGGACUACCGAAAGCUGAAGAUCGGAACGACGCUGGUACAAAAGGCCAUCCAGGCAAUGUUGGAAGACAACGCCGAUGAGGUUGUGCUAGAAACAGAGAUUACCAAUCGACCCGCUCUCCGUUUAUACGAAAAUCUUGGAUUCGUACGGGACAAACGACUGUUUCAUUACUACUUGAAUGGGGUGGACGCACUGAGACUUAAACUGUGGUUCAGAUGAAUUGUAGCGUGCAUGUGUGUGUGUGGCGAGCAAUGUUUGCAGAUUGUUCUUUUUUAUUACUAGGUGUGCGUGUGUAUCAAAGGAAAAGCGUUUUUGGGUUUAUCAAAAGGCCAAAGAACGUGAAAAAUUGCAAUCUAGGAAUAGGGACGGAUGAUGAUUUGUAACCGAUUUCUGGCGAACCUAGGAUAUAGUAGAAUAACAAAAGUCCCUGGCAGUUCUCGUGCACCGGUUUAGUGCAGAUGAUGCCGGGACGUGGUUUAAAAUUUAUAGAUACUGAAUUUUUCUUACGAGUAACUAAUAGGUAUGUGUCAAUCGCUAGUGGAAAACAAAACCAUAUACAAAAACAAAUCUUUAAUCUAGCUAACACUGUCAGCAGCAACAGCAGUCACGUUUAAUAUAAAACCUAUUAUAUAUUAGGGAUUUGUACAUGUAUAAUAGUAAAUCAUUAGCAGCUAUUAUUUCUAAAAUAGCACAGCAUAUAAACAAGUAAAUCGAAAAAUAAAUUUUCGGUCAGA